UUUAACAUAAAUUGUAGUUUUACGAAAUCCCAAUUCUCAAUCACCAUUCAACCCCGAAAAAACCCUAUCAUUGUCUCUUUCUCUCUCCACCCCCUUCCCCCCUCUGUCGGAAAUUUCAUAUCUCGGAUAUGCAUGUGCCCUUGAUGUUUCGAUGUGUAGAGUCCCGCUUGUACUGUUAGAAAUUCUUUGUUAGAUUUCAAUUUGUUGUCAGCGGUAGUUUUUGUAAUGCUUUUCAAUUGAUUUUCUUUUAUUUGUAGUUUUCCGAAUUGUGAUUUGAAUGUAUUAGCUGUUUUUUUUGCGGUAGCUUUGUUGAGUAUUGUGUGAUUCUAGUAUUGGAAAUGACAAAGAGUGAUGUAGAGUUAGGGAUUUUUUAAUCAUUUUGAUGGAAAUGGAGAGUACACGAAGAUCGUUCGACAGAUCUCUUUCGAAAGAACCGGGACUGAAGAAACCUAGGCUUACAGAGGACUCUGCUGCAGCGGAUCGAAUCACCAAUGGCCGUGCCGGAUUUGUCCAACGUCCUGCUAUUUCGAACCCUGCUGUUGGCGGAGGGCCAAGGACUCAGAGGGAACGAGACUCAGAGAGUAGCGAUUCUAUGCGGGGGGCCUUUCAUCACCAGACAGAGGCGCAGUUGCAUCAGGAACUGGUGACUCAGUACAAGACCGCAUUGGCUGAGCUGACUUUCAAUUCGAAGCCCAUAAUAACCAACCUGACAAUUAUUGCCGGAGAGAGUUUGCCUGCGGCCAAGGCCAUUGCAGCUACUAUCUGCAACAAUAUUAUUGAGGUUCCUAGCGAUCAAAAACUGCCUUCUCUGUAUUUAUUAGACAGCAUUGUGAAAAACAUUGGGAGAGAUUACAUAAAAUUCUUCGCUUCCAGAUUACCGGAGGUCUUUUGUAAGUCAUAUAGACAGGUUGAUCCUUCAAUACACCAAGGUAUGCGGCACCUCUUUGGCACCUGGAAGGGAGUCUUCCCCCCACAGUCGCUUCAGCUGAUUGAGAGGGAACUUGGAUUCACCUCUGCAGCUAAUGUAUCAGCAGCCUCUAGAACUGAAUCACAAGCUCAACGUCCUGCACAUAGCAUUCAUGUAAAUCCUAAGUAUUUGGAGGCAAGGCAGCGACUGCAAACCAGCAGGUCUAUCCAGCAACAUCAAAGAGAUCAAGUAAAUAAUCCAGUUCGUCAGAAAAGUUCUGGUGUAGAAUUUGCAGAUGAUUAUGGUUCUGGUGUCUUGGGGCGUUCAGGCUUGGGAAGUGGAAGGAUGGCAGAACACCUUAAAGAUCCUGGAUAUGACAGGCCCUGGGAUGAAUCAGAUGAUUUGAUUGGGAUGGGACAUCAAAAGAAUGGUUUUGGUCUGAAACAUGGAUUAGAAAGCUAUGUUGCCCACGAAUCCGUAAAUUUCGAUUUGGAUCUACAGCCUAAGAAAAAUAUAUCCAGUAGGAACACAAAUGGGAUGAGGGAGAACUGGAAAGACUCUGAGGAGGAGGAGUAUACCUGGAGUGAGAUGAACUCUAGACCUACUGUAGCUGAUGCUCCAACUAAAAAUCAAUGGGCACCAGCCAAUUAUGAUAGAGUGGAUUUUGAAAGCCAUCUCCCAGGACAUCAAAAUAUACAUGAUAUUGGGCCAAGGGAUGAUGAUGAAUUCUCAAUUGAUUCCAUCUCCAUGGAUCGCAGCCAAGUGGCUUCGGGGGCUCAAGUGCCAUUGUGGUCACAAAAGCUGCAUCCACCAGAAGGGAGUAUGCAUUUAGGGAGUGGUAAAACCUUAUCAGUUCAGUCUGAGGGAUAUGCAACUGGGUUGAAUAGCACCAAAAGUACAAUGGGCAAGACCCAUUCUCAGUCACAGCUCGGUCAAACUCAUAUUGGAAUGCCAAGCUUUAAGUUCCAAAUGAAUGAAACAACUUUGUCGAAAGCAUCAAUGGGUCAAGAGCGGCAGACCCUUGCCCCUUCAUCCUCCGCACGAUCAUUAGUGCAUCAACGUCCUCCGUCACCUUCUGUUGCUUCUCAUGGCCAGAAUCAAUUUCUAAACAAUUCUUCUGAGCGCAACCCCACAGCUACAGGUCCUCCUAAAGAUCCUAGAAGGCGUCCAGGGCAAAAGAACACGAACUAUCCUGACCAAGUUUCAGAGGAUCCUCCUAUGCCAACUCGGGGAGUUUAUCAGGCCAGCACACAGAAGCCACAACCUACAAAUCUACGGUCUACAUCCACUAUGGCACCUCCCACUAAACAAAGGAAACAUGCUCCUGCUGCUCUACCAAGAAGUGUUGAAGUCUCUCAAUUUGAGACUUCUGCUCCUGAACACCGCUUGCUACCAUCACAAAUGUCAGGCUCUGGAAGCCGCUCGACGAUGGGGAAUUCGUCUUCCAACCAGUCAAAUCCUUUUACUGUUGAUUCCCCUGGAAAAUCCAUUACUAGUUCACUAACAGGUAGCUUAAAUAGCCCUAUUAGUUCUCAAGAAACCAAGCCUGGUUCAUCUGUGAAGAUGCCAAGUGCAGUUAAUUCCACCUCAAAUCCUUUUUCCAGUCUCUUAAACUCAUUGGUUGCAAAAGGCCUGAUAUCUUCUUCGAAGUCUGAUCCAGUGUUGUCUACAUCACCUAAACCUGAUCAACCUAUGGACAAAGUUCCGGAGACUGCAAAACCUAGUUCAGCUCCAGUUACUUCUGUUCCAGUCACAUUGUCAAAACCUAUUGUGUCUGUGAGUGACAAGCCAUCUUCAUCUGAGGCUACACUUAAUGCUUCUGACACAUUGGCCCCCUCAACAGAAAAGAUAAAACAUCUUAUUGGUUUUGACUUCAAGCCAGAUGUAGUCCGUAAGUUCCAUCCAGAUGUGAUUAGUGAUCUUCUCUGUAAUCUUCCACAUCUUUGUACCAUAUGUGGUCUUAAACUUAAAUUUCAAGAACAGCUUGACAAACACAUUAAAUGGCAUGCAUCAAAGGUUCCUGAGGAUGACCCCUUGAGCAAGAUGUCAAGGAGUUGGUACACAGAUGUAGUUGAUUGGGUUUCAGGAGUUGGUAAUACUCAUCUUGAAAGUAGUCCUUUGGAUAUAGGAGGUUCAGGUGAUAUACUAGAAAGUAAUGAGCCAUUGGUCCCAGCAGAUGAGAGUCAAUGUGCAUGUAUAUUGUGUGGUGAGCUGUUUGAAGAUUUCUACGAUCAAGAAAACGGUGAAUGGAUGUUUAAAGGAGCUCUUUACUUAACCAUCCCAUCCCCGAACGAGGGACUUGGAGCUACAAGUGAUACUUUGGUUCUUAGUCCGAUAGUCCAUUCUGACUGUAUAUCAGAAGACACUAUGAAUGACUUGGGGCUACCUUAUGAUGUCAAAUGGAAAAGGAAUAACAUCUCAAGGAGGGAGUAAGAUUUAAAGAUGCUCGCUCACAAUCAAAGCCAAUAGCGCCUAGCACGGAAUGAACAGAAAUUUUGCAUUUACAUUGAGCUUGUAGUUUAUGAUCAUAGCUAAUGGCUAUGCACCGUGUAAGCUGUUCCCUCUUGUUCAAAUUUUGAACCUUCUUGAGCUUCACUUUUUCCUCCCUAAGCAGGAGGAAUUAUAGAGAGAUGAUUUGCUAUGGUCCUUACUUCUCAAUUUAAAGUUUGUUAGCUCAUGAAUAGCAUCAUUCAUGAUUCUUGCUCCCUGACAAAUGAUUCCAGUCUGUGAUUUAGAUACAAAAAAAUUAGGUUUAGUGAUUAGAGUGGACGGAUAGAUUAUCAGUAAGUGGUAAAUUGUACUGCACUUUGCCCUGAGAUGUUUUGAUUUCUUGCUUAGGGCUUGGAUAUGCCAUUGAAGGUAUCGUGCCAGCAUUGGUGUCCGUAUUAUGUUCCAGAUCUCUUAUAUGAUGAUACCAAAUGCUAAUGUUAAUCUUUCGGCAGGAUGUCAUGCCUAUUUCGGACAUGCACUUCUGUAUAUGGUUAUUUGUACCUUGCAACAGGUAAAAUGGAUUCUCAUUUUGUAGACUUAUACUUGUUUUUCAUUUCUCAUGAAGGUUGUAUUAUUUAGAAAACUGGCCUCUUUGCUAAACGUAACUUGAGGACCCUGCUUCUGUAUACGCUCUUUCGACUACUGUUGGUGUUGGUUUCUGUUUGAUGUCUUAAAUAAGAAGUCAGAUUUUCCUA